AUGUCUGCUAAAAUGUUUCAAAGGUUGCCCACGUCGUCACUUGCCAAGCAGGUAAGUCGACUUAAUUUGAUUGCAGGCACGCCAAAGACGGCUUUCAAGUUUGGCGAAAGUACGAAGAAGAUCGAACUCGUUUUAUUGGAGAAGAACAUCGCUGGUCCAAGCAUCGGAUUGAAAAAGUUUUGGAGAGUUCAUUUGCCCACAUUAAAAUUCCACAAUGAUGACGUUGAAUUCUUUUGCACUAGAGUCAGAGCCACUACCAAAGAAGAAAUCGCCAAGGUCCCAGCUAAGAUCAUCAUCCACGACACAUCAAACAACAAGACUGAAAUAGACUGUUCUUCUCACGACAAAGACAGAAUACUCAGAAAGUUGGUAAAAGCCACUGGAGCAUCGCCUGUGCCAAUGGAUGAUAUUCCUCAUAUUCAACAUCCACAUCUUGCAUUAUGA